CUCUUUCAGGUCCACUAUGAAUCAGGAAAAACUAGCUAAACUUCAGGCUCAGGUCCGGAUAGGCGGAAAGGGCACCGCCCGCAGAAAGAAGAAGGUUGUACAUAGAACAGCAACAGCUGAUGACAAGAAACUCCAGAGCUCGCUGAAGAAACUAGCAGUAAAUAACAUUGCUGGUAUAGAAGAGGUUAAUAUGAUUAAAGAUGAUGGCACGGUUAUUCACUUCAAUAAUCCUAAAGUUCAAGCGUCCCUCUCUGCCAACACAUUCGCAAUCACCGGCCAUGCAGAAGUCAAGCAAAUCACAGAAAUGCUUCCAGGAAUCCUUAGUCAGCUGGGGGCUGACAGCCUUACAAGUCUCCGCAAGCUAGCCGAACAGUUCCCCAGGCAGGUAUUGGACAGUAAGGUGCCUAAACCGGAGGACAUAGAAGAGGAGGAUGAUGAUGUCCCUGAACUUGUAGAGAACUUUGAUGAAGCAUCGAAAAAUGAAGCAAAUUGAGAUUACAUAUUGUAAACUCUUGGAAGAUGACAUGGACUUGAUUUUAGCAAAAAAAAAUCAUCUGUGUGGUUCCCAAGUUUUACCAUGAAACAUCACAUGUUAAUAGUUCCAGAAUAUAAAGAUUUUGUAUUUUACCAGUGCUACAGCAGCGUUUUUCUUGCUGUUCAUUUUGCAUUUUGCACUUCCCUCCCAGGACUUGCCUUUUGGACAAAAAAUUAUUCUCCAUCUUUCAUUUUGCCUGCUCUACACAGAAUACUCCAGUAAUGCUUUAUAUUUUUGUUGGCCCUAUCCCUUCUGUAAAAAAAUAAAUACUUUAAACUUAAAAACACUUAGUUAAAAAAAAAAUCCCUCAAUUUGUUUUCUGGAUAAAAAAAACCCUUGUAAAAGGGCACUUUAGAGAAGGGGAUAAGGUGCAGAUACAGCCUGGAUGUGGAUGGACGUGUUUGCAUGAAGAGCCUGCAUUGCUUCAGAAAUGGACGCAUUUUACUUUUAUUUAUUUUUUCUAUUUUAUUUUUUUCACCCUGUUUAGCUUUGUCUGGGAUUUCAGUUUAGUGCAUUUACUCAUUUUGUGACUACUGAUGUGAAAAGUAAGACAUUACACACUAGUGGCAGCCAUUUAUCAUCAGAACCUCACUGAGACAUAGCUACGUGUAGUGGCUUGUGGGAUUCUGGAGAUUUAGCGCAGUACUAAACUCGCAGCUAAACUGCUGAAAUAGCGACACUUUCCUAAUCCCGCAGGCUGCUGCAUUUACGCUGCUUUUUCCUAGUGACUUGACUAUGCUGCACUUUAAGUUCAUACCAAAUGAAAUAUUUCAUUAUGCGUGUAAAUGGAUUAGACAUGUUACCCUGGGAUUUCCUCUUUGCCGGUGCCUUUGCAAUCCACAUAAUCAUUCUAUCUGCCCACAACAGCAGUUCCGCUCCUUUUUCGGGUAGAUUUUUUGAAAGCUUGUAUGUUGGAGCUUUCAGAUUGCUCAGGGGACAUGCAGAAUAGGAUGAGCGCAGGUUAGAGGUAUAUUGUUUAUUUUAUCUUUCCUUUUUCUGCUGAAUUCCCCCUUAAUCUAUCACCACUGAUGACUUGUCACCCAUUUAUUAUCUAAAAUUAGCUACAUGGUGCAUAGAGGAUUUUCCUCUCGUACAUUGUCUGCAGUAGCAGAUACUAUACUACUUGCUGAAUAAGUUCACCCCCCCCCCCCCGCCCCCUCCUCCUUUUCCCAUAUUCAUAGAAGUCCAAUGUCAUAGGAAGGGGUAGCAAGUGCAUAAUAACAAACUGCAAGCAUGUCUAUAAUAAAUAGGUUGUUUGGUGCACCAUAUUGUGGAAAUGUUAAUUUAUGCAGAAAGGUCCAGGUACUGGUGUAGUAUUGCAGUCUAGACCAGUCUAAGGGGAUUCAUGUGUCCUGAUUGUAACGCCCCAGGACUCGUUCCUGCUUUGCUACUGUUCUAAACUAAACUGCAACAAUACUGUGGCUCAUGAUUUGUGUAACUAGUAACUCUGCCAAUACGGGCUCAUGUGAUAGGCAUCACUUCCUGACAACAUCUUUGGAAGUAUUUGCUUUAUUAUACCAUGCUUUCUAUAAUAAACACACGUUGCAAUAAA